AUGACCAUCACUUUAGAUGACGUCUGGUCGCUCCUUCAUCUUCCCAUCACUAGACAGUUUUGCUCCACUGAAAAUCUUGAAUAUGAAGAUUUAGUUGAGAUCUUGACGACACUUUUUGGUGUUGAUCGGGCCAUGGCUUGCAAUGAGUUGAAUCAAAGUCGUGGUGGACAUGUCAAGCUUAGCUGGUUGAGAGAGCUAUAUGAUAGCUGUUGUGAUAACGAGCUAUGGGAGUUUGCUACCCAUGCAUAUCUUUUGCACCUUGUAGGGUGCACGAUAUUUGCUAAUAAAAGGGCCACCUAUGUUUGUACCCAUUACCUUGAGCUAUUUAGAGAUCUCCCUUCAUGUUAUAGAUAUGCUUGGGGAGUUUCUGCUUUUGUCUACUUAUAUGAGCAGCUAGGAGAUGCCAACUUUGCAAAUACAAAGCAAUUAGUUAGAUAUCUACCUCUUCUACAGGCUUGGAUAUACGAGUACUUCCCUACAAUGGGAAGGAAGCAAUUACGGGAUACAUAUGUGGAGACCAAACCCCGUGCUAGACGUUAUAUCAUUGGACGCACUACUUCUGCUAUAGCUGAUGUUAGAGUCCGGUUGGAUGUCUUGACAUAUGAUGAGGUGAUUUGGAACCCAUAUGUAGCACAUAGGGCUGGUCGACAACUUGUUGUAUCUGCCAUGUUUUCUGGCUACCUCAGGCUUGGUAUCCUCGUACACCGUCAUUUGUUGGAGCGUGUGCUGCGACAAUUUGGCUUCAUGCAGCCUAUUCCACGACCACCGACUUCGCUUCCGAUGUUGGACUUUGCGAUUAUUGAUGAUCGGUGGAGAGACCACGAUCAGUUUGUUGUAGUUCAGGUGGUCCCCGCGCCAACUCCUUUUUCAUGUUCGGAUGGAUAUUUGCAGUGGUUUCAGAGGGUCUCCCACCCUUACAUUUUACGCAGAGUUGAGGUCGACCGACCCAGCCUUGUCAUUAUGCCUCGACUUCGUCUGAAUUUGCCAGAUGACAUACCAGCUCAGAGGACGUCAGCGUCAUAA